CUCGAAAACUUCGUCGCCCAAGAACCCCCAACGACAAUAAUCUUCAACAUGUCUUUCCGUGGGCGUGGAUCCGCUACCGGUGCGAACCGGGGUGGCUUUGGUAGCCGUGGUGGUGGCCGCGGAGGUUUCCAGCAGUCCUUCGGUCCCCCCGCGCAGGUCCUUGAGAUGGGAACUGUCAUGCACGCUUGCGAGGGUGAGAUGGUUUGCGAGUCAAUCAACCCCAAGAUCCCCUACUUCAACGCCCCGAUCUACCUCGAGAACAAGACUCCCAUUGGCAAGGUCGACGAGGUUCUCGGUCCCAUCAACCAGGUGUACUUCACCAUCAAGCCCCAGGAGGGCAUUGUCGCGACCUCAUUCAAGCCCGGCGACAAGGUCUUCAUCGGCGGCGACAAGCUGCUUCCCCUCGAGAAGUUCCUUCCCAAGCCCAAGCCCCCACCAGGUGCUGCUAAGCCCAAGCGUGCUGGUGGUGCCCGCGGUGGUCGCGGCGGUGCUCCCCGUGGCCGUGGUGGAUUUGGCGCUCGUGGUGGUGCUCCUCGCGGUCGUGGUGGAUUCGGUGGCCGCGGUGGUGGCUUCUCCCGUGGCGGCGGUGGCAGCUUCGGUGGUCGCGGUGGAGGCUUCUCCCGUGGUGGUAGCCGGGGCGGCUCUCGCGGUGGCUUCCGUGGUCGUGGUUAAAGGACCUUGUCUAGCCGAAAACUUAUCUUCUUCUGGCGUUUGGGGGAUUCAGGAGCUUUCUGCAGGAUCAUUUCCUUUCUUCUUGUGCAUCCUGACACAAUUAUUACUUUCCUGGCUGCAGGGACUGUAGAAUAUAUCCAGUCACACAAAAACAUCUGAU